UGACCUUGAUUUGCCGGAAAUAGUCGAGGUCUUCCGACCGCUCCCGAUCUUCACAGAGCCAUGUUGUUAUUGUUUGGUACGUACGGACAGCUGGAGCGGAAUCACUUUGGAACAAAAAGACUCUCAGAAAUCGUGACUGAAAUGGAUGGAUGAACGGAAUUCUCGUCUCAGUUGUCGUUCCAGACUCGUAGAUUUAGCCUUCUGUUGAGGUCUGACAUGGAGUACAUUUAUGACUGGGAGGAACAAGAUAGGUUCUCGUUUGAAGACAGCGACCGAUUCGAGGAGGACUCCCUGUGCUCAUGGGUCAGCGAGGCAGAGAGCGUCAGCAACAACAACUGGAGGGGAUGGAGGAAGGGAGGAGCUACAGUGGGAGGGGGAGGGGCCACGCAGAGCAACCAUUCCAAUGAAGUCAUUCAGCUGGUCGAGCUGUCUGCCAAGACAGUCGCCCUCAACUUCCCCUUCGAGGUCGUAGAGCGCAUCUACCCACCUGUCCCGGAAAAUCUACAGUUACGCAUCGCGUUCUGGAGCUUCCCUGAGAAUGAGGAAGAUAUUAGAUUGUAUUCCUGCUUGGCCAAUGGCAGCCCGGAUGAAUACCAGAAAGGGGAGCACAUGGUCAAGAGCAAGGCAGUGAAAGAUGCCUUACAGAUAGGUUUCCACCUGAGUGGUACGGUGGUACCCACCCAGGGCAUGACGCAGCAAGGAACGUUCAACGUCGCGAUCACCUUUGACCGUCGUCGCAUUUCCUCCUGCUCCUGCACGUGCUCCUCGGCCAGCAAGUGGUGCAGUCACGUGGUCGCGCUCUGCCUGUUUCGCAUCGUACACCCUUCCCAGGUCUGCCUGAGGGCGCCGGUCUCGGAGUCGCUGUCGCGACUGCAUCGGGAUCAGCUGCAGAAGUUCUCGCAGUAUUUGAUCAGUGAAUUGCCUCGGCAGAUCUUACCGACGGCCCAACGCCUCUUGGAUGAGCUGCUCUCCUCCCAAGCUAACACUAUCAACAUGGUCUGUGGAGCCCCGGACCCAACGGCCGGCCCCUCGGCUUCCGAGCAGACACGAUGGUUCCUAGAUGAUGCCGUCAUGCAUGAGAAUAUCAAGAAGACGCUGAUACGAUUCACAGGACCAACACCUAUUGUAUUCAGUGAUGUCACCUCCUUGUAUCUGUCAUCGAGUGCCCCGCAAGCAGCCGCCGAAUGGACCAACCUCCUGAGACCACUGAGAGGCAGAGAGCCGGAAGGCAUCUGGAAUCUUCUUUCCAUUGUCCGUGAGAUGUGUCGGAGGAGAGAUAACAAUGCCAUCAGCCUCCUCAAGAUACUGACGGAGGAAUGCAUCAUCUGCGAUCAGAUUGUCGUUUGGUGGUUCAGCACCAGGACCUCCGCCCUCCAUUCUCACCAUGGCAACCACGGUCACCGUGCCAACAGCAACAGCACCACGGCCGUCGCGCAGCACGCCUGCGCCAGCAUGUGUGACGAGAUCGUCUCGCUGUGGCGACUGGUGGCGCUCAACCCCGCCAUCACGCCCACAGAGAAGGGAGAACUACAGGAGGAACUACGCAAGUGGCACCUUCAGGUCAUUGAUAAAGUACGUAAAGGACGAGGACCAAACUUUGCCAACACAGUGGGCAACGUGACAAACGUGCGGCGCGUGGACAUUGAGGUUUUCCAAGGAUUCAAGCCAGCGAUUGAGGCCUGCCUCAUGGACUGGCACGAUUACCCCAUUGAAGGGGUGACCUACACUGACCCACGGAAAGACAGGGUUGAAACCACAAAACCACCUUCCGGUAAAAGGACUACCCCCCAUCACACCCAACAGAGUAGACCAUCCCAGCAGAAUCCACCAGUCAGGACUGAGGAAUCGGGCUGUACCACCAUAACAGAGGUAGAUCCCAAACUGAGGGACAUUCCAAAGAGUUCCGGCAAUGAGCUACACCGAUUGAGCUCUUCAGAGUCCAGCUCCAGUAGUAGCAGCUCAGGCGUGGACGACCAACGUGUGCUAAGCUCAAGUCGAUCGGAGGACACAGACUCCGAUUUUCAGGGUAUGGAAUGCACCUGCCCCUCGGAAAAAGGUGCGGAGGGCGGGGCCGCCCCGUUAAGAACCAGCCAAUCAGGGGCGGGGCAUGCACCUGCUGUGAGUGUCGAAAGCAGGGACGGGAAAGCCGGGGGGAAACGCAAAGCCAAACUAAAACACUUACAGCGCAGCGAGUCAGUUGACUCAGCUGACGUUUGUCUGGAGUCGCCGCCUAAAAGCCUGCAGCCAGACUCGGAUUCCUCCCUCGAUGUCGGGAAUCCUAGCAACCAGGAGGUCAAAGGUGACGAGGGGAACGACCGACGGAAUUCAGGGGAUGAGUACCAGGUGUACUUCUAUGACACCAAGGCCAAGCUGACGGAGCAGACGCCCAAGAAGAAGAGCGAUGCGCCAAAUCCGUUUGCUAGUAUCAAAAAGAUGGAAGACCAAAUCGAGAUCAUGUUCUCCCGUGCGGAGGCUCUCCAUGCCCAUGGCUACACCAGGCACGCCUGUAAGCUGGCCAUCGAGCUAGCCGACGAGAUGCUGGCUAACCCUCCCGAGCUUGACCACCCUCCGCCCAGUAACCUCUCAAACAGGGCACGCAAGAAGCACAUUCACCAGCAGAGCACCCUGUCCACCAUGACGUUAGCCAAGGCGGCGUUUCUCUGCAGCGUGCUGUCAGAGCAGCCGGACUGUCACCACCUGGCAUUCAGGAUUGGCAUGUUUGGAUUGGAGCUGCCACGGCAACCGGCAUCCACAAAGGCCCUGGAGGUGAAACUGGCCAAUCAGGAGUCCGAUUUGGUGGCCCUCUUGAAGCGCUUGCCCCUCACGCUGACGGAGGUGACGACGAUACGUCAGUUGGCGCAGGAUUUGCACGAGGGCGCCCUUGUGUUCAGAAGCGCAGCAUUGCUGGCCCUCUUCAUAUUCGAUGCACUUUGCCUUCCAGGCCAAUCCUCCUCCCUGAGUCGUUCCCACACUCGUUCCGUCUCCUCCCGCGACCGUCUCCCAACAGACGAGAAGGUCGGCUUUGACGCGGCCGUGGCUGCCUUGGCCAUCAAGAGUAACGUGUCAGAGUCAGAGCAUCCACUGCUGUGUGAGGGGAUCAGGAGGCAGAAGGGAGAGCUGAGCACCACUCUCUUGGUUCACUACAAAGACGACCAGAAUAAGCUCAGAAAGAUUCUGGAUGCUUUGCUGGACAAGCAAGGACCCAAGACCCAGCGAUCCUCACAGCCCUUCCCACAAUCCUCGGCGUGUUCCUCACAAGACGGUAACCGCAGCAACGCAUCUGCACUGGUAGGCGAGGGGCAACAAGAUGCCUCCCACCAGCGGCGUAGUCCGAACCAUAGUCCCCAAGGCGAGGCCGGUGAUAAAUCCCCAGCCGCUGACGCUGCCGUGUCGCAGCUGACGCACGCUGUCGCGUCUUGUAACGUUCGUCCCGACAUCAGCCCCUCCCGACCGCGAAACCCCAGCCCCGAGACCCCCAGUAUUGCCAGCUGCAUCCAGCACCUGAAUGCGCGCAAGUCCGUCUCACCCGAGCAGCCAUCUGCAUCACCAUCAUCGUCAUCACAGCAACAAGCUCGGCCGGUACUGUCCUCCGCAUCCUCAUCCCAGCCAGCAAGGGCGCCCUCCGACGUCGUCGCGACGGGUUGGAACGAGGAUCCGGGGGCGUGUUCGGGGAUGAUCUCCGUGGGGCCGGACAUUGACCAAUGGAGGCAGGCCCAGGCAAGGAUCAGCGGUGGGCGGAGUAGCUACAUGUGUUGGGGGAGGAUCUUUGGCAAGAACCAGAAGAGGAGUAAAGGGAUGGCAGCCAUUGACAGCAGCGCGCCAGAGACCACAUCCAGUGAUAACUCCCCCACCAUGGGCCGCCGUGUGCCCCCAGGGGGCUGGGGACGCUACCACGGGCCCGGCAGCGACAGUGGCAGCAGCGGCAAUUCCAGUGAUUCCAUUAGCUCCAGCAGUUCAGCCGAGAGGGGGACGUCGGGUGCUAGGCCCAAGAUGCGAGACGUGGAGGGCCUGAUGCCUUCAUCGCCGUGGAUACGACCUGGGCCAUCAUUAGCAUCUGAUUUACAGGGAGCAGAUUCUAGAAGCUCUACGCCAAAUUCCAAAGUAGUCAGGAAAGGAGGCAAGAAAGGCGGUCGCAGCGACGCUUCCCCUUCCAUCCCCAACCAGCCCAGCGAAGCCUCGGCGCAUUUCUUCUUCGAGCUUGCCCGAACCGUGCUGACCAAAGCCGGUGGGUCUAGCAGCACGUCUCUCUUCACACAGCCGGCCGCUAACGCCAACCACUCGGGACCGCAUCGUGGAUUACACCUGUGCGCGUUUGAGAUUGGUCUGUACGCGCUGUGGUUGCACAACGCCGUCACUCCAAACUGGCUGUCGAGGACCUACUCGUCGCACGUAUCUUGGAUCACAGGUCAAGCCAUGGAGAUCGGCAGUGCGGCCAUCGGUAUGCUAGUGGACACCUGGGAAGGUCACCUGACUCCGACCGAGGCCGCCUCAUUGGCCGAUAAAGCCUCGCGAGGUUUAGAUCCUAACAUGGUCGGUACGGCCGCCGAACUGGCCCUGUCCUGCCUGAGGCAUGCCCACGCUCUGAACCCGACCGAAGUUAACAGAGCUCUAACACAGUGCAAAGAACAGGACUACCAGAUGCUGGCCAAUGCUUGUUUAGCAGUGGAGAGUGCAGCGAAGGGCGGUGACGUGUACCCAGAUGUACUCUUCAAUGUUGCCCGCCAGUGGGAGUGGCUUCACGACAACAUGUGGGGUGCAACUAACAAUCGUCGAGCCCGGCCAAGCGAGGGUGCCGAUGCCCACCAGGUGGCGGGUCACAACGGCUCGCCGACGACCGAGAGUGGUCAGAUCGUACCGUAUUCAGUCGCCGUGAGCGUGGCUCCCAACGCGGCAAUGGUCAGCCCGUUGCUGUUACCGUAUGGAGUAGCCCGGGUACCAGCCCAGGCCGUACAGGUACCGCUUGUGUACCACCCGGGCUGUCCGGAGUACGUCCAAGUUGAUCCAUCGUAUCUCCCGAGGUUACCAGGAACAUUCCAAAGCUACCCUGCGUUACAACACGGUCGACACGGGACUCCAGACCACAGACAGUUACAGCCUAAUGCCCACAACGUGCAUUGGAACGGUGUCCACCAAUGUCCACCGUACUAUUCCACCUGUCCCUACUCCUCCCCCAACCCCGUCCCCCAGGGGGUGCCGUUACCCAUUCCAAAUCAGUUCCCCACCCAGGCAGGAGCACCCCCUGCAGCCCAACAGGGAGUUCCCCUCCGCGGUGCCCACGUCGGUUACCCGCUACCGGUCAUGCAUCCCAGGCCGUCCACGGCACAGCAGACCCCUCCACAGCAAAACCUACCUCUCCAGCAAGUGGUCGGGCCCAUGGGCCCACAUCAACACACAGGACUGUUCUAUUUGGAUGCAGCGUAUAGGGUAGGAAUGCUGGCUAUUGAUACCCUGGCGAGGAGGGUGCACGAUGAGAGGACGCAGGCGAGAUUCUCUCCCAAUCCACCUUACGGAGAAGACAUCAAGUGGCUCUUGGAGAUAUCCAAAAGGCUUGGUUCCAGCUAUCUACAGCAGUUCUGUGCUUGCGUUCUGAACGUGGUGGUCAGUCCGUUCGUCUUACACACCAUAGCUUGGGAAGCCGCCCACUAUUUGGCCUCCAACAACCACACCCCCAUCCAGGCCAACCUGCGCUCCCCGAUCCUCAGCCCCAUCGUCCAGAAAUGCGUCCAGAUGUACAUCCAGUGCAUCCACCAGCGCAUGUACCACGUGACCCAGCCCGAGUACGAUGACUUCAUCAACGUGGUGCAGAGCGCGCAGAAGGCGUUCGUCAUGGCGCCGGGCGGCAUGGCGCAGUUCAACGACUUCUUGCAGUCGCUGCGCCGGUUGAGGCCAUGCAAGCGCGAGCUCUGGACGCGGCUGGCUAGUACGCUGUCGCCCGGAAAUGUCUUUGAACACACUUCAAGCAGCCAUUGACCAACCAUAUAUCAUUUCCAAGGAAGUAUCAAAUUCAUAAAAAAAUGAAUAAGUGUUUAGAUCCACACAAAGGACAAAACGUCUUGACUUUAAUAUUUAAAAUACGCAUUAUCAUAAAAUGGUGUAUUAACAAAAAAAAUAGACAUGGGUUAUUUAUAUACAUAUCACUUUAUUAUAAUCAAAUAUCCAAAAAUGUGACUUGCUGUUUUUGGCAUUUCCUGGUAGAAAUCACUCACAUUUAUAAUUUCAGAUUGUAUUAUCCAUUACCCAAUUUCAUCCUUGACUUGUUUCCCCCAUUUUGAUACGAAGAACGCUUUAUUGUUAUUUUUUAUUUGUGUUUUCGAGGCUGUAAAUAGUGAUGUACUUAAUGUCGUGUAUGAUACCUAACGUGUGCAAACUGUCCUCAUGUCAAAAAGUGAGCAUUUGUAUAAAAAAAACUAGUUUAGCAUCCACAGGAAGACUGUGUAGAGUAGAACUAUUCAGAGUAGAAAGACUUGUAAGACAGACUAGGAAUCUUAGAAGGGUGCACUUGGACGAUUCCACAGUCGCUUUGUGCAGUCUGAAAGGGGUACCAGACCUCUGAUUAAAAUGUGGCCACAUGCAUAAAAUUUCAUUCAGAACAAAUAACGGCUCUGAGUGGAAUAACAGAUCGAGUCUGGUGCGACUACUCCACAAUGACACAGUGAAAUGCUGUAUAAAGGCUUCACAAAGGUCUGCGCAUGACGAGAACAGCCACUCAAAUUCAAUUCAGAUAUACUUCAAAUCGAAUUUUAUUGGCUGUUCUUGAAAUUGGUGUGACAUUGAGCGGGGAAGUACAGGUACAAUGUACCUACGUUUGUGAACACUUUGCAAACUGGUAAGCUUCAGAUAAGGUUGAGUUUCCGUGGUUAUGACGCACGAGGAGCUUGUAGAUAUCAUUGUAGAUGUGUCAGUAAACACAAACACAAUUGUAAAGUUUUAGACCGUGCAGUCGUUUUAUUUAAAACUGUUGUAAUUGUGUUGAUAUUUUGUCAUUCAUGGUAAGCAGUCAUCACCUGGUUGCUAGGUUUCCUAGUUUCCUGUGGUUUAACCUGGUUACUGGUAAUUCCCCCAACAAUUAAAAAAAAAUCACUUAUAAAGGCGUUUAAAAAACCACAUGUGUGUGAGACUUGAGUAUUAUUCAACAGGUGUACCCAGCAUUGUUGAAGAGACAAAUGUAUCGUUUGUACACCGGUAUACAGUGUGUGCCUAUGUAUCUGUCAAUAUUCAAUACCAUUUAUGUAGGUCUAAAAACAGCUGGUUCCCCUGCUUUCUCUAACUAAAAUAAUAAUGUAAUGACCAUAGGGACCCAGACAAAAAAUGGCCGUGUGAUUGUAAAAAUGUCGGUUAAUUUCUGGGGGGGGGGGGGGAAAGGCCUCUUCCUAAAACGUGAAUUUAGAAAUUAUAUAGUUAGUAAGCAUUACUGAAUAUUAAAGUUAUUUGUUUUUACAACUGUGAAAAUUUACAACAGGUUAACGUUAAAAGUACAGAAAAAAAGGCUUUUUACUCCAUGUUGGUGUUUUACAGUGUUUUAUGUGCAAUGAUCUUAGACUGUUUUGUCUUAUGAAUAUUUACGUAUUAUUUACAUGACUGUCGAAUCAUAUUCUUAUUGCUUAAGUGUCAUCUUUCUUCCUCAGAUUUAAUUGGCUGUUGCUAUGUUGUGGGUGGAGCUUCCAUUUCUAUGUCAGCAGUAGCUCAUGAAUAAUAGAUUAGUUGGAAGAGUUGAGUAGUAUAUACCAAAAAAAAAUGCAAAUUACAUGUAUGCAAAUAUGCGUAUUGAUGGCAAAUAUUCUAGCAAAUCCAAAUCUUUGCAAACAUGAAUAUGCAUAAAGUGGGCGUUGCCUUUUUACUGUCUUUGUAGAUCACUUUUUUUAGCAAGCAAUUAGUGAUUCUCUAGAAAUUAGAUAUAUGCAGAUUACAAAUUACCAUAAAUCUAUACAAUCAGGUAUUUGGUUAAUUUUCAAGUAAUGAAUAUGCAGUAGAUUUUUUUUAAUUCUUUGUGUUUCUCAAUCUUAGUGACUUAAAAAUAUAAUUUUAUAAUCCUCCGAAGAAUUUGAUUCAGUUGUGUUCCCACGGUAAUUGUUUCAUUACCAUCCCAAAUAAAGGUAUUGAAACUACAAUUUAUGUCAAAUUCUGUAAUACUGUAUUUGUUGUGGGAAUUAUUUUUCCACAAUCAAUCGGUGGACAAAAUUGGAGAGAAAAAACCAGAACGCGAAAACCUUUCAAUAAAAAAAUACCUUGUAAUGAAUUUGCAAGUUGAAUUGGAAAAAAUUCUGCUAAUUUGUAUAAAGGGGAUUUUAUGUAUUGUACAUUUGGAGUUUUGGUCUUUAACAAAACUGUGAAACUUUUUUUUUGGGGGGGAGGGGGUUCCAUAUUCAGUAACUUAUCUAUUUAGGAGUUGCUGAGGGUUUGUAGGGCAAUUGAUCGAAGAAACGGACCCAGGAAACUCUGUUUACUUGAAAAGUUUGUUUACUUUCAGUUGUUUACUUUACAGUUCUCAGGUUUUGAUAUUUUUUAGUGUACAUAGUAUUUACGAAAAAAAAAAUUAAAAUGUAUUUGUUUAUCGCCCCUUUCGUUUCCAAAGAAAAAUUAAUUCAGUCGUCCCAGAAGCAGCGAAGUUGAUUUUGACAUCUGACAAAAGCUGUCCAUCAAAUAUUUUGAUUAUAUUUGUUUUUGCAGAUCCCCACCCCCACCAUGAACGAUGGAUAUAAUUACAUAAUUUGAUAUUUUUUAUCGUUAUUUUCUUCUACAUUUUAGUGUUUUUAAACAUCUAUUCUUGAUCUAUGUCAAUUUAGUCAUGUGAUUGUAGAAAUGGAUGCACUCCAUUUAAGGCAAAAAAAAAAUAAACGAAAGAAACUUGAAAAA